AUGUAUGAUGACGAUGGCUACCAAUCGUACUGUACCGUGUGCUGCGGGGGCCGCGAAGUGCUGCUGUGUGGGAACGCCAACUGCUGCAGGUGGGACUCAACACUCACUUCUUCAACUGUAACUUUGUAUUCUACUGUGUGUGUGUUCCAAAUGGCACCCGUUUCCCUUUAUAGUCAACUAUUAAGUAGUGCACUAUAUAGGGAAUAGGGUGCCAUCAAAACGCAGACUGUAUCUCUACUGUAUCUUAACUGUAAUAUUCUGUGUCUUAACUGUAAUCUACUGUAUUUUAGUUCAUUUUUAACUUCUGUCUUUUCAGUCAGCUUCUACUUUCUCUCGCACCUGUUGGUUAGAAGUAUAUUUUUUCUCUCGUGUCACCUUUUUUUACCACUAGUUCCACCUGCCACCUAUCGCUGCUUUCCCUCUCUCUCUCCCCCAUCCCCCCAUCCCCCCAUCUCUCCUCCUCCCUACUUCCCUACCAUCUCCGCUACCAACUCACCCUCCCCUCAAUCUCUCCCUCCUCCCCUCCCCCACUCAUCCAGCCUCCCUCUCUCCCCUCCCCUACCUCAUCCAGCUCCCUCUCUCCCCUCCCCUACUCAGCCAGCUCCCUCUCUCCCCCCCUCCCAGACACUCAUCCAGUCUACCUCCUGCUCCCCCCCGCCAUCCCCUCCUCUCCCUCCCCUACUCAUCCAGCUCCCUCUCUCCCCUCCCCUACUCAUCCAGCUCCCUCUCUCCCCUCCCCUACUCAUCCAUCUCCCUCUCUCCCCUCCCCUACUCAUCCAUCUCCCUCUCUCCCCUCCCCUACUCAUCCAUCCCUCUCCCUCCCCUCUCUCCCUCUCUCCCCUCCCCCACUCAUCCAUCUCCCCUCUCUCCCCUCCCCUACUCAUCCAUCUCCCUCUCUCCCCUAAUUCCCCCUCAACCUUAUUUUACCCGUCUCCGUCUGUCUCCUUCCUCCCCCUGCAGGUGUUUCUGUGUAGAAUGUCUGGACAUUCUGGUGGGCGCGGGGGCGUCGAACAGUGCCCGUAACCUGGACCCGUGGCGCUGCUACAUGUGCCAGCCCCUGCAGCCCUACGGUGUGCUCAAACGACGCCACGACUGGAGCAUGAAGCUGCAGGAGUUCUUCAUCAACGACAACGGCCAGGAGUUUGUGAGUCCCAUCAAGAUAUUUUAGUUAACUCCUCACAUUGACCCUUGUCACAAUACUGAAGACAAACCAACUUAUACAACAUACAGUAUCUAGGGCCUGUCAUUCAUCUUGCUCAGAUCACAGGGCCUGGAAAACCUCAGGGUCCCACUCAUAGCAACAUUACUACAUAGCUGUAAUUGUUUCUAUAAACAUUGUGAUUUGGUCUAUAUGUUUCUCAGGAAAGCCCAAAGACCUACCGGGCUGUCCCUGCAGAACAGAGGCGCCCCAUCCGCGUGCUCUCAUUGUUUGAUGGCAUCGCCACUGGUAAGUGUGUGUGUGUGCACGUAGGUGUCAUUGCAUUACUCAAGUGUAAUAUUUGGAUCACGCUAAAAAUAUCAGGACAUAUAUUUCUGUGUGUGCGUGUGUCUAGGCUACUUAGUGCUGCGAGACCUAGGAUUCAAAGUGGACCAUUAUAUUGCGUCAGAGGUGUGUGAGGAUUCCAUAUCAGUGGGUGUCGUCCGACAUGAAGGAAGAAUCCAGUACGUGCACGAUGUGCGCAACAUCACCAGGAAGAAUGUAAGCAGAACACAUCUCUCUCUUUCCCUGUCUCUCUCUCUUCACACUCCUGACAUAUGGAUGGGCAGAGCAAACUCAAUCUGAGUCAAGUCAACUAGAGGGAGGAGUGAGAGAGGGGAUAGUAGAGUACAAAGUUUGUCUCUAUUGCAAAGAUCCAAUCCCUUUCUCAAUGACUCAUUUUGUUGUUGUGUAAAGCAGGUGCUGUAUGAAACAUUUCUUUCUAGUCCUCCUAAUUCAACAUAUGAUGAUUUAGGAUUAUCAACUGAACUGGUAUACUGUUAUGAUAAUUAUUUAACAAACUAUUUCAGUGUCUCUGUGCGUCUCCCAAAAGGUUGUAAGUCUUUUGGAUCAAUGAAACGGACAGAGUCCGUUUGUCUGCAUAGUCAGAGGUUUAUUCAUUGAGAAUUCUGCCAUUACAAUUUCAGAGUCCAUCUUUUAUACUCACACGUCAUACAAAACUCCCUCCCCUCUUUAGGCGGGCUGUAGUUUUCCACUUUAAAACUGCUCUCCUGACCAUCAGUUCACACACACAUGUUCUUAUCAUAGGCUGCAUUUCUUAGUUAUCGCCGUCCUCACAAUAUCCUGCACCAUAUUUCAUACUCCUUAAAAAGACAGUUUCUCUCCUCCCUAAAUUGGGAGGCCUCUUUAUCUUGGUUUCUCAGUUGACUGGUCCUACACUCACACAUUCUAACACAUUUCACACAGUUUCAGGGUGUAAUAAUUAGUCAUUAAUAAUUAUUCUAUCAACUUUAUCAAUAUUAUUUAUCAUAUGGAAGAAAGUUGCCAAGAACCAAGGGCUAGUGCCUUUGUGUCUCAUGGAGUACUCCUCAGUGUCUUUGGAAAUGCAAACAUUUGCACAUACAUGACACACCCGUUUACUGCUUGUUCUGUGGGCCAUUGCCUGUCCAGACAGGACAGUAGUACCUUAUUGUAGCCUAAUGAGCCUCACCUGUUAUAGUUUUAGUGAAUGCUCCCCUGCCCUACUUUAUGUGGAUCCACAAUGAAACAUAUACAGACGCAUGGCUCAUGAGGGCUCUUUUGAGUGCUUCAACACAAUACACACACAUACAAACACACACACACACACAAUACACCAACACACAACCACCCAGAUUUAUCCCUGUUCAUAACAAAACACAACUUCCCCCUCUACUCCCAAGUCGAACCUAAACACAUAGCUCCACCACAGCAGAGAGGGGCACGCUGCCGUGUCGCAUGCGAGUCCUUGACGUCAUCUGGUUAGACGACAAAGCACAGCCUCUUGUCAGAGUAAAUCCCCCAGAACCCAUUCAUCCCUUUGUCAGCGACUCAUAGCACUCCUCAAAGAGGGGCUGGGCCCGAAGAGGGUCGGCCUGGCUGUUUUGGGAACCUACACCCCCUCUCACAUAACCCUUAGGCAGUAGGAAAUCGACGGCCACUCCCCCUCGCUGUUGCGUAAGAGGCUCAGAAGCACAGUAAAUCAAAUCAAAUCAAAUCAAAUUUUAUUGGUCACAUGCGCCGAAUACAACAGGUGCAGACAUUACAGUGAAAUGCUUACUUACAGCCCUUAACCAACAGUGCAUUUAUUUUCAACAAAAAAAGUAAGAAUAAAACAACAACUAAAAAAGUGUUGAGAAAAAAAGAGCACUCUUCUCUCUCUCUCGCUCUCUCUCUCUCGCUCUCUCUCAAUUAAAUUAAAUUCAACAGGCUUUAUUGGCAUGGGAAACAUGUUUACAUUGCCAAAGCAAGUGGAAUAGAUAAUAAACAAAAGUGACAAAGGAAUAGAGACAUUUCAAAUGUCAUAUUAUGGCUAUGUACAGUGUUAUAACAAAAGGGAAAAUAAAUCAACAUAAAUAUGGGUUGUAUUUAUAAUGGGUGUUUGUUCUUCACUGGUUGCCCUUUUCUUGUGGCAACAGGUCACGAAUCUUGCUGCUGUGAUCGCACACUGUGGUAUUUCACUUAAUAUACAGUGGGGGAAAAAAGUAUUUAGUCAGCCACCAAUUGUGCAAGUUCUCCCACUUAAAAAGAUGAGAGAGGCCUGUAAUUUUCAUCAUAGGUACACGUCAACUAUGACAGACAAAUUGAGAUUUCUUUUCCAGAAAAUCACAUUGUAGGGUUUUUAAUUAAUUUAUUUGCAAAUUAUGGUGGAAAAUAAGUAUUUGGUCACCUACAAACAAGCAAGAUUUCUGGCUCUCACAGACCUGUAACUUCUUCUUUAAGAGGCUCCUCUGUCCUCCACUCGUUACCUGUAUUAAUGGCACCUGUUUGAACUUGUUAUCAGUAUAAAAGACGCCUGUCCACAACCUCAAACAGUCACACUCCAAACUCCACUAUGGCCAAGACCAAAGAGCUGUCAAAGGACACCAGAAACAAAAUUGUAGACCUGCACCAGGCUGGGAAGACUGAAUCUGCAAUAGGUAAGCAGCUUGGUUUGAAGAAAUCAACUGUGGGAGCAAUUAUUAGGAAAUGGAAGACAUACAAGACCACUGAUAAUCUCCCUCGAUCUGGGGCUCCACGCAAGAUCUCACCCCAUGGAGUCAAAAUGAUCACAAGAACGGUGAGCAAAAAUCCCAGAACCACACGGGGGGACCUAGUGAAUGACCUGCAGAGAGCUGGGACCAAAGUAACAAAGCCUACCAUCAGUAACACACUAAGCCGCCAGGGACUCAAAUCCUGCAGUGCCAGACGUGUCCCCCUGCUUAAGCCAGUACAUGUCCAGGCCCGUCUGAAGUUUGCUAGAGUGCAUUUGGAUGAUCCAGAAGAGGAUUGGGAGAAUGUCAUAUGGUCAGAUGAAACCAAAAUAUAACUUUUUGGUAAAAACUCAACUCGUUGUGUUUGGAGGACAAAGAAUGCUGAGUUGCAUCCAAAGAACACCAUACCUACUGUGACGCAUGGGGGUGGAAACAUCAUGCUUUGGGGCUGUUUUUCUGCAAAGGGACCAGGACGACUGAUCCGUGUAAAGGAAAGAAUGAAUGGGGCCAUGUAUCGUGAGAUUUUGAGUGAAAACCUCCUUCCAUCAGCAAGGGCAUUGAAGAUGAAACGUGGCUGGGUCUUUCAGCAUGACAAUGAUCCCAAACACACCGCCCGGGCAACGAAGGAUUGGCUUCGUAAGAAGCAUUUCAAGGUCCUGGAGUGGCCUAGCCAGUCUCCAGAUCUCAACCCCAUAGAAAAUCUUUGGAGGGAGUUGAAAGUCUGUGUUGCCCAGCGACAGCCCCAAAACAUCACUGCUCUAGAGGAGAUCUGCAUGGAGGAAUGGGCCAAAAUACCAGCAACAGUGUGUGAAAACCUUGUGAAGACUUACAGAAAACGUUUGACCUGUGUCAUUGCCAACAAAGGGUAUAUAACAAAGUAUUGAGAAACUUUUGUUAUUGACCAAAUAUUAUUUGCAAAUAAAUUCAUUAAAAAUCCUACAAUGUGAUUUUCUGGAUUUUUUUUCUCAUUUUGUCUGUCAUAGUUGACGUGUACCUAUGAUGAAAAUUACAGGCCUCUCUCAUCUUUUUAAGUGGGAGAACUUGCACAAUUGGUGGCUGACUAAAUACUUUUUUUCCCCACUGUAUAUGGGAGUUUAUCCAAAUUUGAUUUGUUUUCAAAUUAUUUGUGGGUCUGUGUAAUCUGAGGGAAAUAUGUGUCUCUAAUAUGGUCAUACAUUUGGUAGGAGGUUAGGAACUGUAGCUCAGUUUCCACCUCAUUUUGUGGGCAGUGUGCACAUAGCCUGUCUUCUCUUGAGAGCCAGGUCUGCCUAUGGCAGCCUCUCUCAAUAGCAAGGCUAUGCUCACUGAGUAUGUACAUAGUCAAAGCUUUCCUUUAUUUUGGGUCAGUCACAGUGGUCAGGUAUUCUGCCACUGUGUACUCCAGUUUCCUCAGUUUUUUGGUUAAUUCUUUCCAAUGUGUCUAGUAAUUAUAUUUUUGUUUUCUCAUUUGUUUUCUCAAUUGUGUUCCUGUCCUGUGGCUCUGUCGGGACUGUUUGUGUUUGUGAACAGACCCCCAGGACCAGCUAGGUUAAUCUCUUUGUAGGUGAUGGCUUUGUUGUGGAAGGUUUGGGAAUCGCUUCCUUUUAGGUGGUUGUAGAAUUUAACGGCUCUUUUCUGGAUUUUGAUCAUUUGCGGGUAUCAUCCUAAUUCUGCUCUGCAUGCAUUCAUUAUUUGGUGUUUUACAUUGUACACGGAGGAUGUUUUUGCAGAAUUCUGCAUGCAGAGUCUCAAUUUGGUGUUUGUCCCAUUAUGUGAAUUCUUGGUUGGUGAGUGGACCCCAGACCACACAACCAUAAAGGGCAAUCGGUUCUAUAACUGAUUCAAGUAUUUUUAGCCAGAUCCUAGUUGGGAUGUCGAAUUUUAUGUUCCAUUUGAUGGUGUAGAAGGCCCUUCUUGACUUGUCUCUCAGAUUGUUCACAGCUUUGUGGAAGUUACCUGUGGUGCAGAUGUUUAGGCCGAGGUAGGUGUAGUUUUUUGUGUGCUCUAGGGCAACGGUGUCUAGAUGGAAUUUGUAUUUGUGGUCCUGGCAACUGGACCUUUUUUGGAACACCAUUAUUUUUGUCUUACUGAGAUAAUGUCAGGGCUCAGGUCUGACAGAAUCUGUGGAGAAGAUCUGUGCUGCUUUAGGCGCUCCUUGGUUGGGGACAGAAGCACCAGAUCAUCAGAAAACAGUAGACAUUUGACUUCAGAUUCUAGUUGGGUGAGGCUGGGUGCUGCAGACUGUUCUAGUGCCCUUAGCCAAUUUGUUGAUAUAUAUGUUGAAGAGGGUGGGGCUCAAGCUGCCUCCAUAUCUCACCCCACGGCCCUGUGGAAAGAAAUGUGUGUGUUUUUUGCCAAUAUUAACCGCACACUUGUUGUUUGUGUACAUGGAUUUUAUAAUGUUGUAUGUUUUUCCCCCAACACCGCUUUCCAUCAAUUCGUAUAGCAGACCCUCGCGCCAAAUUGAGUCAAAAGCUUUUUUGUUAAUAAGGGUGUGCAGGGUGAAUACGUGGUCUGUCGUACGUUAAUUUGGAAAAAGCCAAUUUGACAUUUGCUCAGUACAUUGUUUUCGCUGAGGAAAUGUAAGAGUCUGCUGUUAAUGAUAAUGCAGAGGAUUUUCCCAAGGUUGCUGUUGAUGCAUAUCCCACGGUAGUUAUUGGGGUCAAAUUUGUCUCCACUUUUGUGGAUGGGGGUGUUCAGUCCUUGGUUCCAAAUAUUGGGGAAGAUGCCAGAGCUGAGGAUGAUGUUAAAAAGUUGAAGUAUAGCCAAUUGGAAUUUGUGUUCUGUAUAUUUUAUCAUUUCAUUUAGAAUACCAUCAACACCACAGGCCUUUUUGGGUUGAAGGGUUUGUAUUUUGUCCUGUAGUUCAUUCAAUGUAAUUGGAAAAUCCAGUGGGGGUUAUAUACUACCCUGUGUUGGGGUUGGUGGGCAAUAUGGAGGGGGUGUCAGGGGGAGGUGACACUAUGUAGGGUUAGAGUAGAGGGGAUUGGGAUUGGGAAUGAGAACAGAUGGGUACAAAUGUUGGGGCAUUGACUUGUGUUACACUCAGUCUGACAUUAGGUGGUGCUGUUGUCUCACACAGAUAGAGGAGUGGGGCCCAUUUGACCUGGUGAUAGGAGGAAGCCCCUGUAAUGACCUGUCUAUUGUCAACCCCGCCAGGAAGGGACUGUACGGUAAGAAACUUCAUAAAAAAUCAUCAAUGAAUCUUAAUCAAACUUCAAUAAAUGCAUUACUAAGCAUGCUUCACUUCACUCCAAUUACACUCUAUAAAAUCCAUGCCAAGUGUUACAGGCUGAAAUGGGAGGGAAGUAGUUCUUAUAAAAUAUAAUUUAUAUACCUUAUAUGUACAGUAUAAACUUGUAGCUCUAAACGUAUAGGGAAAACAAGGUAUAACAAUCAAAGAUAAAUUUGCAAUUGAUAUAUUAGUAUUCAGUCAACAUUGGACUGUAGUAAAAAUAUCCUAAUAUGUACUCCUCAUCCCCCGUCUGUCUGUCUGUCCAGAGGGCACAGGGAGGUUGUUCUUUGAGUUCUACCGCCUGCUGAGUGAGGCCAAGCCCAAGGAGGGCGAGGACCGCCCAUUCUUCUGGAUGUUCGAGAACGUGGUCGCCAUGGGCGUCAACGACAAGAGGGACAUCUCCCGUUUCCUCGAGGUUUGUUAUAUCCACAAUAUCAAUACAAUACAAGUGACAAUCUCAGAGGUCUUUGGCAUUACCUCAUUAGAGCGUUUCAGACGUUGUUGUAGUCUUUAUAUAUCGUUGUGGACUCACAACACAACACAACACAAAGAGAGAAAAUGUGUAACCCAUGAUAGCAGUGGUAUAUUAAAUGAAACACUUACCUGUGUGUGUGUGUCUGUGUGUGUGUGUGUGUGUGUGUGUGUGUGUGUGUGUCCGACAGUGCAAUCCAGUGAUGAUCGAUGCCAUUGAGGUGUCUGCGGCUCACAGGGCUAGGUACUUCUGGGGCAACCUACCAGGGAUGAACAGGUGUGUGAUUCCCACAGUGUACUUGUUUUCCUAUACUAACACAAUCUUUCAUAUUCCAGUUUUUAAUUUACAAUACAAAAAUGACAUAAUUGCAUGGUUUGUAAUUACACAGUUAUAACCUAUGAAUUACUUUUACUUUGGUAGUUGCCAAUUGUGUUGAAUUAAAGUAAAUGCCAGAAAGUACAAAUUGAUACCAAUUGAAAUCUAGUGGAAACAGUACCGUAAAAUAAAUAGUCAUUUACGGAUAUCUCUUGGAGUAUUCCAUAUAAAAUUCCCAUUGUUCAUGUGCCAGGCCUCGGUGUGCAUCUGGGAUGGACAAGCUAGAGCUGCAGGACUGUCUGGAACAUGGCCGUGUGGCAAAGGUAACACUAUCUACCUUUCCUUCACUCAGUGGAACUGGACAAAAAUCAAUAAGUGGUUUUAUUUCAAUAUAUUACAAUAUACACUCAGUGGCCAGUUUAUAAGGUACACCCAUCUAUAAUAUAUAAUAUGCCAUUUAGCAGACGCUUUUAUCCAAAGCGACUUAGUCAUGUGCGCAUACAUUUUUACGUAUGGGUGGUCCCGGGGAUCGAACCCACUACCCUGGCGUUACAAGCGCCAUGCUCUACCAAUUGAGCUACAGAAUCCCGGUUCUAGUACCGGGUCGGACCCCCCUUUGCAUCCAGAACAGCUUGAAUUAUUCGGGGCAUGGAAACGUUGCUCAAUUGGUAUCAAGGGACCCAACGUGUGCCAGGAAAACAUUCCCCACACCAUUACACCACCGCCACCAGCCUGUACAGUUGACACCAGGCAGGAUGGGGCCAUGGACCCAUGCUUACGCCAAAUCCUGACUCUGCCAUCAGCAUGACGCAACAGGAACCGGGAUUCGUCAGAUCAGGCAGUGUUUUUCACCUCCUCAAUUGUCCAGUGUUGGUGAUCGCGUGCCCACUGGAGCCGCUUCUUGUUUUUAGCUGAUAGGAGUGGAACCCGGUGUGGUCGUCUGCUGCAAUAGCCCAUCCGUGAAAUGGACCAACGAGUUGUGCGUUCUGAGAUAUCGUUCUGCACACCUCUGUUGUACUGCGCCGUUAUUUUCCUGUUUGUGGCCCGCCAGUUAGCUUGCACGAUUCUUGCCAUUCUCCUUCGACCUCUCAUCAAUGAGCUGUUUUCGCCCACAGGACUGCUGCUGACUGGAUUUUUGUUUGUUUGUAGCACCAUUCUCGGUAAACCCUAGACACUGUAGUAUGUGAAAAGCCCAGGAGGCCGGACGUUUCUGAGAUACUAGAUCCGGCGCGCCUGGCACAGACGAUCAUACCAGGCUCAAAGUCGCUUAGGUUACUCGUUUUGCCCAUCUAACGUUCAAUCGAACAGUAACUGAAUGCCUCGAUGCCUGUCUGCCUGUUUUAUAUAGCAAGCCACGGCCACAUGACUCACUGUCUGUAGGACCGAACCAUUUUUGUGAAUGGGCCACUGAGUGUAUAUUUCACAAUAUGCCACAGAAAAAACAAUAUGCCACAGAAAAUAUACACUACAUGACCAGAAGUAUGUGGACACCUGCUCGUCGAACAUCUCAUUCCAAAAUCAUGGGCAUUAAUAUGCAGUUGGUCCCCCCUUUGCUGCCAGAACAGCCUCCACUCUUCUGGGAAGGCUUUCCACUAGAUGUUGGAACAUUGCUGCAGGGACUUGCUUCCAUACAGCCACAAGAGCAUUAGUGAGGUUGGGCAAUGAUGUUGGGCGAUUAGGCCUGGCUCGCUGUCGGCAUUCCAAUUCAUCCCAAAGGUGUUCGAUGGAGUUGAUUGAGGUCAGGGCUCUGUGCAGGCCAGUCAAGUUCUUCCACACCGAUCUCAACAAACCAUUCCUGUAUGAACCUCGCUUUGUGCAUGGGAGCAUUGUCAUGCUGAAACAGGAAAGGGCCUUCCCCAAACUGUUGCCACAAAGUUGGAAGCACAGAAACGUCUACAAUGUCAUUGGUUAAGGUUCCAGUGAAGGGAAAGGUUAAGAUUUCCCUUCACUGGAACUAAGGGGCCAAGCCGAACCAUGAAAAACAGCCCCAGACCAUUAUUCCUCCUCCACCAAACUUUACAGUUGGCACUAUGCAUUGGGGCAGUUAAGUUCUCCUGUCAUCCGGCAAACCCAGAUUCGUCCGUCGGACUGCCAGAUGGGGAAGCGUGAUUCAUCACUCCAGAGAACGCGUUUCCACUGCUCCAGAGUCCAAUAGCGGCGAGUUUUACACCACUUCAGCCGACGCUUGGCAUUGCUCAUGGUGAUCUUUGGCUUGUGUGCGGCUGCUCUGCCGUGGAAACCCUUUUCAUGAAGCUCCCGACAAACAGUUAUUGUGCUGAUGUUGCUUCCAGAGGCAGUUUGGGACUCGGUAGUGAUUGUCGCAACCGAGGACAGACGAUUUUUAUGCGCUACACGCUUCAGUACUUGGCACUCCCGUUCUGUGAGCUUGUGUGACUUCGCGGCUGAGCCGUUGUUGCUCCUAGAUGUUUCCACUUCACAAUAACAGCACUUACAGUUGAACGGGGCAGCUCUAUUAGGGCAGAAAUUUGACAAACUGACUUGUUGGAAAAGUGGCAUCCUAUGACGGUGCUAUGUUGAAAGUCACUGAGCUCUUCAGUAAGGCCAUUCUACUGCCAAUGUUUGUCUAUGGAGAUUGCAUGGCUGUGUGCUCAAUUUUAUACACCUGUCAGCAAAGGGUGUGGCUGAAAUAGCCAAAUCCACUCAUUAUGCACUCACUAACUGUAAGUCGCUCUGGAUAAGAGCGUCUGCUAAAUGACGUAAAUGUAAAUGUAAAAUUUGAAAAAGUGUCCACAUACUUUUGUAUAUAUAUUGUAUAUCCAAAUACAGUACAGAUAUGAAUGAAACCACACUCAGUCCCUCUGUGUCUCUCUCAUUAUAUACAGUUCCGGUCAAGAGUAUCUUAAAUAAGAGGAAAAAAUGUACUUACUAUGACUGUGAUAUGUGGUUGUCUCACCUAGCUAUCUUAAUAUGAAUGCACUGUAAGUCGCUUUGGAUAAGAGUGUCUGCUAAGUGACUAAAAUGUAAAGGUCAAAGUCCCCAAGUCCAGAACAGACUAUGGGAGGCGCACAGACUACAUGGAGCUCUAUUCCACAUCAAGUAACUCAUGCAAGCAAUAACAUUUGAUUUAAAAAACAGAUAAAAAUACACCUUAUGGAAUAGCGGGGACUGUGAAGAGACACAAACACAGGCACAGACACACACAUACACACAAGUAUUGAACAAGUAUUUGAUACACUGCCGAUUUUGCAGGUUUUCCUACUUACAAAGCAUGUAGAGGUCUGUAAUUUUUAUCAUAGGUACACUUCAACUGUGAGAGACGGAAUCUAAAACAAAAAUCCAGACAAUCACAUUGUAUGAUUUUUAAGUAAUUAAUUUGCAUUUUAUUGCAUGACAUUAGUAUUUGAUACAUCAGAAAAGCAGAACUUAAUAUUUGGUACAGAAACCUUUCUUUGCAAUUACAGAGAUCAUACAUUUCCUGUAGGUCUUGACCAGGUUUGCACACACUGCAGCAGGGAUUUUGGCCCACUCCUCCAUACAGACCUUCUCCAGAUCCUUCAGGUUUCGGGGCUGUCGCUGGGCAAUACAGACUUUCAGCUCCCUCCAAAGAUUUUCUAUUGGGUUCAGGUCUGGAGACUGGCUAGGCCACUCCAGGACCUUGAGAUGCUUCUUACGGAGCCACUCCUUAGUUGCCCUGGCUGUGUGUUUCGGGUCGUUGUCAUGCUGGAAGACCCAGCCACGACCCAUCUUCAAUGCUCUUACUGAGGGAAGGAGGAUGUUGGCCAAGAUCUCGCGAUACAUGGCCCCAUCCAUCUUCCCCUCAAUACAGUGCAGUCGUCCUGUCCCCUUUGCAGAAAAGCAUCCCCAAAGAAUGAUGUUUCCACCUCCAUGCUUCACGGUUGGGAUGGUGUUAUUGGGGUUGUACUCAUCCUUCUUCUUCCUCCAAACACGGCGAGUGGAGUUUAGACCAAAAGCUCUAUUUUUGUCUCAUCAGACCACAUGACCUUCUCCCAUUCCUCCUCUGGAUCAUCCAGAUGGUCAUUGGCAAACUUCAGACGGGCCUGGACAUGUGCUGGCUUGAGCAGGGGGACCUUGCGUGCGCUGCAGGAUUUUAAUCCAUGACGGUGUAGUGUGUUACUAAUGGUUUUCUUUGAGACUGUGGUCCCAGCUCUCUUCAGGUCAUUGACCAGGUCCUGCCGUGUAGUUCUGGGCUGAUCCCUCACCUUCCUCAUGAUCAUUGAUGCCCCACGAGGUGAGAUCUUGCAUGGAGCCCCAAACCGAGGGUGAUUGACCGUCAUCUUGAACUUCUUCCAUUUUCUAAUAAUUGCGCCAACAGUUGUUGCCUUCUCACCAAGCUGCUUGCCUAUUGUCCUGUAGCCCAUCCCAGCCUUGUGCAGGUCUACAAUUGUAUCCCUGAUGUCCUUACACAGCUCUCUGGUCUUGGCCAUUGUGGAGAGGUUGGAGUCUGUUUGAUUGAGUGUGUGGACAGGUGUAUUUUAUACAGGUAACGAGUUCAAACAGGUGCAGUUAAUACAGGUAAUGAGUAGAGAACAGGAGGGCUUCUUAAAGAAAAACUAACAGGUCUGUGAGAGCCGGAAUACUUACUGGUUGGUAGGUGAUCAAAUACUUAUGUCAUGCAAUAAAAUGCAAAUUAAUUACUUAAAAAUCAUACAAUGUGAUUGUCUGGAUUUUUGUUUUAGAUUCCGUCUCUCACAGUUGAAGUGUACCUAUGAUAAAAAUUACAGACCUCUACAUGCUUUAAGUAGGAAAACCUGCAUAAUCGGCAGUGUAUCAAAUACUUGUUCUCCCCACUGUAUGUGGUAGAGUGUAGUGGCCUGAGGGCACACACUUAAUGUGAAAUUGUAUAACUGACUUAAUUUUGGAAGAGUUGCUGCUGCCUUGGCAAUUUCCACUUAUUUUUGAAGAAAUAGUGAAUUGUGCAAGAGGGCCAAUAUUUUGAUCGCAUCUGUAUAGUGUAUUAAUAUGAGUGUGUAUUUUCUCUGUCCUAUAGUUUGGAAAGGUGCGCACCAUCACCACGCGCGCCAACUCCAUCAAGCAGGGCAAAGACCAGCACUUCCCAGUCAUGAUGAACGGCAAAGAGGACAUCCUGUGGUGCACCGAGCUGGAGAGGUGAGACCAAUUAUGUGUAUAAACCCUGGAUGACUGACAGGGGGCGCUGUAUUGAAGCCACCGCGCAGCCAUCUUGGUACUCCUCAAUUGUAACAAAAAUUCAAAUAAAAAACAUUAUAACUUUUAUUAAUGUCUACAUUCGUUUUUUACACAUUUAUUCUAUUACAGAAACCUUAAUGCAUACUUUUAAAUUAUAUUAUGUGAGCUAAACAUACAAAUAAAAAAUGAUAAAAAAAUAAAGAAAACAUUAGUGUUUGUUUUAGAGAGUACUAAUAUUACUGUCCCCACUACAACAAACUAAAUACUUAAAUACACAUCAUUUUGUCCUUGGAACAUUUAAUUCAAAUACUGUAGAAUUCAAUUUAUUCCUAUGGAGGACUGCUCCUACUAGGGUCUGCCAAUAUGGCUGACCGGUAGCUUCAAAGCCUCUCAAUGGCCAAUACAUAGCAUCAGCAAUCCAGGGUUUAUAUACGUUGAGUGAGACCCAGACCCACAAUUCUAGUCUGACUGUGCCGCUCAAACGUUAGAGGGAGCACCUCCUAUCUUUGCCAUUGAUCACUUCUGUGCGCCCUCUACCUUUUCUAACUCUGUGGUGCCUCUGCUCAAACGGGGAAGGACUGAAACAAAGAGGUACUGGACAUUAUUCAAUAAGAAACGCUCGUUUUCUGUUGCAAAAUGUUUUGCUACGGUGUGCACUAAUGAAUAAGACCCAACUUUGCUGACAAUGCCCUCUGAUGCCAUUUUGACACCACUGUUCUAAUCCUCUGUUCCCUCCAGGAUCUUUGGCUUCCCGGUCCACUACACAGAUGUGUCCAACAUGGGCCGCGGUGCCAGGCAGAAGCUUCUGGGCAGGUCCUGGAGCGUGCCUGUCAUCAGACACCUGUUUGCCCCUCUGAAGGACUACUUUGCAUGUGAAUAGUGCCCUCCCUGACCAACCUCUCUGUAGUUCCACUCCUCCCUCUACCACUACACCAGAUGAGGAGGAUCUGGAUCUGCACCCUUUGGCCUCCUCCAAUCAUGAGGCUGAGGAGAUC